GGGGCGCUCGCGGACCGAGUUGAAGCGAGGUCGGCCGAGGCGCGGCUUGGCGUCCGUGCACGGGCUCGCCUUCCUCGAUCUGGAGCGCGUUGCGCGCGUCUGGAGGGUUUGGAGGGCGAGACCGAGCGCUUCCCUGCGUUCCGGCGCUGCCCGGGGGUCCCGCGGGGAUACGUGGACCGAAGCCGAGGGCGGGCGCGCAGUGACCGUCGGGCGCCCGCCGCCGCUGCUGGACCCUCGGCGUCCCUCCCGCCCGCAGCCUUGCUCUGUUGCACGGGUGCAAAAACGGCUGCCUUGGCUCGGGCUUGGAGGGAUGCUUUCCACCCUCCCGCUGCCCCCCACGACCCCCCGAAGACCUUGCAGAUCUAGCCGGGCUCCAGACACGUGUCCUUGAAUGGUCGGCGGGGGCGAGCUGGACUCUCGGCCUGGGGCGAGCCCCAAGCACAUCAGUGGACACUCCCGAGGCGUGGAAGAGGGGGGACGCAAGUUCGACCUGGCGUUCGACCCCCCGCGCAGCGUGGGAUUCGUGGGCGCCUGCCGACCCCCGGCUCCAGCAUGCUGGCCCCGCGCUGGCUGAGUCGCCUGCUCCCGGGCCUGGGCCUGGCCACGCGGCCAAUGUGGGGUCCCCCCGCCAGGAGUCUGGGCCUGAGUGCACAGAGGCGGAUUCCAGAAUACAGUAGCUUUGUUGCCCGGACCAACACGUGCGGAGAACUGCGUUCUUCCCACCUCGGUCAAGAAGUCACUUUGUGCGGAUGGAUUCAGUACCGAAGGCAGAUCUUCCUGGUCCUCAGAGACUUCCACGGGCUGGUUCAAGUCAUCAUCCCGCAGGAUGAGGCCGCCUCGGCUGUGAGGAAGGUCCUGUGUGACGCCCCUGUGGAGUCCGUCGUCUGUGUGUCUGGGACGGUCGUGGCACGACCUCCGGGACAAGCAAAUCCGAAAAUGCCGACAGGUGAGAUUGAAAUCCAGGUGAAAACUGCUGAGCUGCUGAAUUCCUGCAAGAAGCUGCCCUUUGAAAUCAAGGACUUUGUGAAGAAAACCGAGGCGCUCCGCCUGCAGUACCGCUACCUGGACCUGCGCAGCACCCGGAUGCAGUACAACCUGCGCCUGCGGUCCCAGAUGGUCCUGAGGAUGCGAGAGUACCUCUGCGGGCGGCACGGGUUUGUGGACGUUGAAACGCCUACGAUGUUUAAGAGGACCCCAGGGGGUGCGAAAGAGUUCCUCGUCCCGUCGCGGGAACCCGGCAAGUUUUACUGCCUUCCCCAGAGCCCUCAGCAGUUUAAGCAGCUUCUGAUGGUUGGCGGGUUGGACAGGUACUUCCAGGUGGCCCGAUGUUACCGAGACGAAGGUUCGAGACCAGACAGACAGCCCGAGUUUACUCAGGUUGACAUCGAGAUGUCUUUCGUGGACCAGGCUGGGAUCCGGAGUCUGACCGAGGGGCUGCUCUGGUACUCGUGGCCCCCGGACAAGGGGCCGCUGCUGGUGCCUUUUCCCGCCCUGACGUUCGCCGAGGCGCUGGCCAGCUACGGGACGGACAAGCCCGACACCCGCUUUGGGAUGAAGAUUGUAGACGUCAGCGGCGUGUUCGGGAGCACAGGAGUUGCCUUUCUCCGGGACGGACUUGGCAAACCCCAGGGGACCGUGAAAGCCAUCUGCGUCCCCGGAGGAACAAAAUACUUAAAAAGGAAAGACAUCGAAUCCAUGAGGAAAUUUGCAACAGACAAUUUCAAUCAGGGAGUCUUACCUGUUUUUCUGAAAACCAACAGAAACUGGAAUUCUCCCGCCGCCGAGCUUGUGGUACAGGAGCAGGGCCGGGCACUCGAGGGGCUCUUGGAUGUCCAGGACGACGAUAUGGUCUUGCUCAGUGCUGGCCAGCACCAGGCCACGUGCUCCCUGCUGGGGCGGAUGCGGCUGGAGUGUGCAGACCUUCUGGAAGCCCGCGGGGCGCUGCUCCGGGACCCCGCCGUCUUCUCCUUCCUGUGGGUGGUGGACUUCCCACUCUUCCUCCCCAAGACGGAGAACCCCGCGGAGCUGGAGGCGGCCCAUCACCCCUUCACUGCCCCCCACCCUGCGGACUGCCACCUCCUCGCCACCGAGCCUGAGAAGGUCCGGGGCCAGCACUACGACUUGGUUCUGAACGGUAGCGAGGUCGGAGGCGGCUCCAUCCGGAUCCACCAGGCUGAGCUCCAGCGCUACAUCCUGGAGACAGUGCUUAAGGAAGAUGUGAACUUACUUUCCCACCUGCUCCAGGCGCUCGACUCGGGGGCGCCCCCGCACGGAGGAAUCGCCUUAGGCUUAGACCGGCUGAUGUGUCUCGUCACCGGAUCUCCAAGCAUCCGAGACGUCAUCGCCUUUCCCAAAUCCUUCCGGGGCCGUGACCUCAUGAGUGGGGCGCCCGACUCGGUGUCCCCCGAGGAGCUGAAGCCUUACCACAUCCAGGUCUCCUGGCCCGCAGAUGACCCGGAAGCGGACAAGAGCUGACUGCCUCACUCACGGCCCCCCCGAGGGCUGAACUGCCCCCCGCCCCGCCCCCUUGCUCCUCUGGGGUGCAGUUCCCGUCGAGUUCCGCCACGCAUCUGACACGUGUCUUUAGGUGAAGGAACCCAGGUGGCAUUUUUCAGGGGAGGGGCCAUACUUGGCAGUGCUCAGUAGUCCUGGCAGGUUCGGGGGCCAUAUAAGACACUGGGGAUUGAACCGGGACUGCUGCGUGCAAGGCCAAGGCCCUCCCCGCUGCGCUGUCGCUCCAACAUCCUUGUCAAGGAAGAAACGAGAAACCCGAUCUUGAUAACAUGUUGAGGAUUUUUGUUUGGGGGCCAUACCCAACAGUGCUGAGGCUGCUCCUGGUUCUGUGCUCAGUAGUGAUCCCUGGCUGUGGGCUGGGUGGGGGACAGACCCCUCCCAUGAUGCCAGGGAGCUGGAACACAGGCAAGUGCCUUAACUCCUGCACUAUCUCUUCAAUUCCAAUUACUAGGAUUUUAAAGUCAUUUUUGCUGUUUUUUUUUUACAUGGAGUUACCAAACAUUGCUUUCUGCUGUAGUGGUAUCGUACAGGUUUUAUGGCACAGGGCAUCAAACCCAGGACCUCACAGAUGCUUUCACUGGACUGUAUCACUGUUCAUCACUGUCUCUGGCUUAUUCUCACCAGCCACACUGGGGGCUUCCAAAUCGAGGGACAUAGUGACAUUUCCUCAAGAGACCGAACACAGAAGCACCACAAUAAAUACAACAAAGAUAACCAACCUGAAUCUCUCACCUGGAACACCUCCUGUGAAUCCUUAGCCUCUGGCCAGAGCACUUCAGCAGGGAGGGUGCAAGGCUUGCACCCAGCCAGCCCUGUUCAAUUCCCGGCACCCUCGUGGUCCCCAAGUCCCCCAGGAGUGGUCUGAGGGCAGAGCCAAGUCAGCCCUGAACACAAUCAUGUACCAAGAACCCUUUGAGCCUCGUAGGCUGCCCAGGAGACCUCGCUAUUGAGGCAGGGAUGUUGCUCGGUAGGACACAGGCCUUCCAUGUGUGAGGCCCCCGGUCUGACCCCAACACCACAGAAACACUCAUGCUCAUUUGUGAUGGUCUCUUAAGGUCUGCCAACCCAGAAACUAAUAAAAAGGCAAGUGGGCCUUGA